UCCCUGGUGAUGGGUUGCCCGGCGGUCGCCUGGUAACCGGCCGCGGAGGUCUUGGCUGAGCCAGCGCAGGCCGCGGAGGUCUGUGGGCCGGGGCUGACGCUGGACUCUUUCUGUCUGUUCCGCGAUGGCAGCGGCAGUGGUCACGCCGUCGGGUUUGGAGGAUGGGGUUUCUCGGUCCCGUGGCGAAGGGGCAGGGGAGGCGGUCGUGGAACGGGGCCCCGGCGCGGCCUACCACAUGUUCGUGGUGAUGGAGGACCUGGUGGAGAAGCUGAAGUUGCUCCGCUAUGAGGAGGAUCUCCUCCGGAAAAACAACCUGAAGCCCCCGUCCAGACACUAUUUUGCACUGCCUACCAAUCCUGGGGAACAGUUCUACAUGUUUUUCACUCUUGCUGCUUGGUUGAUUAAUAAAGCAGGACACCCCUUUGAGCAGCCUCAAGAAUAUGAUGACCCUAAUGCAACAAUCUCUAACAUAUUAUCUGAACUUCGAUCAUUCGGGAGAACUGCAGAUUUUGCUCCUUCAAAAUUAAAAUCGGGUUAUGGAGCACAUGUAUGCUAUGUUCUUGACUGUUUAGCCGAAGAAGCAUUAAAAUAUAUUGGUUUCACUUGGAAAAGACCAACAUACCCAGUGGAAGAAUUAGAAGAAGAAACUGUUGCAGAAGAUGAUGCAGAAUUAACAUUAAAUAAAGUGGAUGAAGAAUUUGUGGAAGAGGAGACAGACAAUGAAGAAAACUUUAUUGAUCUCAGCCUUUUGAAGGCCCAGACCUAUCGCUUGGAUAUGAACGAGUCUGCCAAACAAGAAGAUAUUUUGGAAUCCACAACAGAUGCUGCGGAAUGGAAUCUAGAAGUGGAACGUGUACUACCACAACUGAAAGUCACGAUCAGGACUGACAAUAAGGAUUGGAGAAUCCAUGUUGACCAAAUGCACCAGCACAAAAGUGGAAUUGAAUCUGCUCUAAAGGAGACCAAGGGACUUUUGGACAAACUUCAUAGUGAAAUUAGCAGGACUCUGGAGAAGAUUGGCAGCCGGGAAAAGUACAUCAACAAUCAGCUUGAGCACUUGGUUCAAGAAUAUCGUGCAGCUCAAGCCCAGCUGAGUGAGGCAAGGGAGCGUUACCAGCAGGGAAACGGUGGAGUAACUGAAAGGACCAGACUCCUGUCUGAGGUUACAGAAGAGCUAGAAAAGGUAAAACAAGAAAUGGAAGAAAAAGGCAGCAGUAUGACUGAUGGUGCUCCUUUGGUGAAGAUUAAACAGAGCUUAACGAAGCUGAAGCAAGAAACUAUUCAGAUGGACAUUAGAAUCGGUGUUGUGGAACACACAUUACUCCAGUCAAAACUGAAGGAGAAGUCCAACAUGACCAGGGACAUGCAUGCCACAAUCAUUCCAGAAUCUGCAAUAGGCUCUUAUUAAAACAUACCGUUUUUCAGGCUUCUGAUUAGUUUUUUUAUAUCAAAUCAUAUUUCAUGUUGCAUAGACUUCAAAACAGUUAUUCCUUUAAAAGCAUGUUGAACGGGUAUUUUUUACAUAUAUACACACAUAUUGUAUGUGUGUAUACAUACAAUGAUGAUUAUGGAUGGUCAAAGCCUUUGAAUUGAAUAUAAUAUUUAAUAAAGUAAUGAAAAAUUCUCACUUUCAAAGAAGCUUUCACUAAUCAUUACAUGUGUUAAAGCCCCCACCUGGUGGCUCACUGUCCUUAUGGUUCCGUGCACUUGAGGAAGAGGUACAUGAUGCCAAAUGUGUAGGACCCGUGCUUUCUGCAGGUGCUGCCGCUGCUGUCAGCACAUGGACCUUUGACAUAAGCCUGGCCCCUUCCACUGGAUCCACACACAAGUACUUCUGCACCCAGAGGCAGCCAGUGAUGGCUGGGGAUUCUUUCCAAGAACCCAAACUACCCUUGCCUCAGCAUUAUGGUUACCUAAAAUUACAUUUUUUAAAAAGAAAGCAUCAGAAAAAUCUUCAGUAUCUUUAUUAACACUUGAAGUCUAUUAUUUAUCACGAGCAUUUCAUGACUAAACUGAUUUUAUAUCUUCUAUGAUCUAAGGCCACCUAAUAAAAAAUAAACAUUUCCGUCAUGUUUGGCUUUGCUCCUAUAGUGAUGAAAAUGUAUAUACAUUUCUCAGUUCUACUUUUUUCUAUGGUAUCAGCUAUACUAAAGAAUCAUGUUGUAGCAGAAGGAGAGACAGCAAGUCAUGUCAAGAUCAACCUGCUGAUGCUGGUGAUCUUUACUUACAUGUAUUACUGAGCAACUUUCUAGUCUGGGAUUUCUAAAUUGGUGAAAUAAGCAAUAUUAAAGUGACCAACUUGGAACUGGGGGAAACUGGUGAGAUGCACUCAAACCACAAGAUAGUCCACAUUUAUUUUUUGAAAAGAAGGGGGAAAAUAAAUUUACCUAGUGAUAAAUUUUGAUAAGAAUACAUAUAUAUACAACAAAACUAAUAAAAUCCCUUUCUCAUUUUUAUCUUAAUAUUUUAUCCCCACCCCAAUUUCUUUUUUUAGCCAUUACUUUCACCCUCACACACACAAAUCUUUUUCUUUCCUUCAUACUCUCUCUAGUUCAAGACUGAGUUUAGAUAAAAGAAAAUCAGUAUGUGUAAACUAUUACACAAGAGGGUGGCAAUCGAUACAAUGGCAAAGUCAGUUUAUUUAAUUUGGGAUAACAGGCAGUUUGAAAAAGUUCAAAAUUUUUCCCUUCCUGUAUGGUCAGAGGAAGGGGCAGAAUAGAAAGUGUGAAACCUAACCUUUGGACCCACAAACUAACAGUGAUUCCCCUGGAACUUAUUUGCAUAGAUAUUGUCAGGGCUGAGUAGUUUUGUGAUGAAUUCAAUUGAUGCAGAGAACCCUUCUAGAUAAAUCAGAGCUCUCCACAAAAUGUACUUUUGCUUGGAAUCAAAGUGCACUCUUCGUUUCAUGCAAAUUCAGUAAUCUAAGAACUCUUCCAAUAACUACUGUAAGCAACCUAUUUUUACUUCCUUUGAAAUAACCCAGUUUACUCGGGUUGGGUUGGGGGGCCCUCCUCUCUGUUUCCAUAGAGCACUGUGAAUAACUCUAAUACAGAACUUAUUGUACUAUAUUGUAAUUAUUUUUUCCUCAACUGUCUCUAGUAGAUUGAGCUGCUUGAGGACAAGGAGAAAGUCUUUUUCAUUUCCAUAUUCCUAGCCAAGUCCUAGCACAUAGGGUGUGACUUAGUAAGUGAAUGGGUAGAUGACUGGAAUUAUGCAGUUCCAGAAUAUCUUGUAGCUGCUAUUCUACAGCAGGUGAAUUUAAUGUCUUCAAGUCUAUGAGAUUUGACACAGUUUCAAGAUAGUAAUUAUAAAUGAUGGGUCCAGGACUGGAAUUGGCAGCAUCAGUAUGAACUCAUAGGUUUUUCAUACAUAUAGAUGAAUAGAAAAUAUAAAUACUUAUAGAUACAGAUAUGCAUAUACACAUAUACAUGUAUUUACUAGUUCUGUCCUCUAAGAGGGUCUAGAAGCAGUGACAGUCCAAUAACAAUGAGAAUACCUAACACAUCCUGGUUUCUAAAUUUUCUACUUAAAGAAAAAAACCCAACAGACAUACCCAGACUUCUUAGAAAAACAACUGAUUCCUGGGCUGGGGCAGGGAAAGCACAAGAUAAGCCUGGAAUACCUUGCUCUGCCAGAUAGUAAGGACGUGCUCAGAGAAUGAUGGGGAUAUGACUAAAGGACACAGAUUGAGGGGUAUCCCACCAGCCAAUCUGAGAUAAUUGAGUGUCAAAACAAAUAAUUAUAGUAAUAAAUUAUAACCCACAGAAUGAAACAAGAAACCACAAGUCCAUACAGAUAGAGAUAAAUGAAUCAACAGCAGAAGAGAAGGGUCUUCCUUACACUAGAAUGACAGUUAAAGUAAAAGGAAUACUGCGUUUAGAAAUCACCAUCUGGAAACUACCAUGCAGGAAUAUCUCAGAGACACUGCAGGUUCAAUUCCAGGCUACCGCAAUAAAGUGAAUAUCACAAUUAAGUAAGUAACAUGAAUUUUUCAGUUUCCCAUGCAUGUAAAAGUUAUGUUUACAAUAUACUGUAGUCUAUUAACUGUGCAAUAACAUUGUCUUUAAAAAACAAUGUACAUAUUUUAAUUACAAAAUACUUUAUUGUUAAAAAAUGCUAACCAUCAUCUGAGGUUUAGUGAGUCAUAGUCAUAGUAGUAGCAACAAAGAUCACCAAUCAUAUAAUAAUGUAAUAAUAAUUAAUAAUAAAGUGAAAUAUUGCAAUAAUUACCAAAAUGGGACACAGAGAAUGAAAUGAGCAAAUGGAAAAAUGGCACCAAUAUUUCUGGUAAUUUGAGCUUGCCUCAAUUUACCUCUUUAUUUAGGGUGACAGAUGCUAAAACUCGUAGGUGAAAGUUUAAUGAAAAACUGAAUAUUUACAUAAUCUCGAAGCCUAUAAGAUAUUACAUGAAAAGAAAAAUUGUAACUUUAUGGUAGAGAAACCUGGCAGAUAUCACUUUAAGUGAUCAGAAGUUAACCUUACUAGUAGUGGAACAAAUAGCCAUCAUGUGUCUCUCCUGAAAAAAGCCCAUGUUCUUGAAAAUGUAUGACUUGAAUCUAGUCAUGAGGAAACAUUAGACAAUCCAAUGGAGGGACACUGUUCAAAAUGGCCUGUGUUCUUCAAAAAUGAUAGCGUCAUGAGCUCAAAGACUGAGGAACUGCUCUAAAUUAAAGGAGGUGAAAGAGACAUAAUUAAAUGCAACAAGUGAUUCCAGACUGGAUCCUGGGCCAGGAAAAAAAACAAAACAAAACUUUGUUUGUUAGAAAAGGACUUUUUUUUUUUUGGCUGCAUUGGGUCUUUGUUACUACGCGCAGUCUUUCUCUAGUUGCAGCGAGCAGAGGCUACUCUUCGUUGCAGUGCGCAGGCUUCUCAUCGCAGUGGGCGGGCUACUCAUUGUGGUGGCUUCUCUUGUUGCGGAGCACGGGCUCUAGGCGCACAGGCUUCAGUAGUUGUGGCUCGCGGGCUCCAGAGCGCAGGCUCAGUAGUUGUGGCACACAGGCUUAGUUGCUCCACGGCAUGUGGGAAUCUUCCCGGACCCGGGCUCAAACCUGUGUCCCCUGAAUUGGCAAGCGGAUUCUUAACCACUGCACCACCAGGAAAGUCCCAGAAAAGGACAUUAUUGAGACAGGUAAAAUUCAAAUAAGGUCUGUAGACUGGAUAAUAGUAUUAAAUCAAUGUUAAUUUUUUGAUAUUUGUACUGUGGUUAUAUAAAGAGAUAUCCUUGUUUUUAGCAAUACACACAAGUCUUUGGAGGUAAAGGAGCAUCAUGUCAGCAACUUGCUCUCAAAUGGUUCAGGGAAAAAAAUGUACAUAUACAUAUGUGUGUGUUUGUAUAUUCACACACAUAUAGAGAGAAAGGGAGAAUGAUUUUUAAAAUGUGAACCGUUAACAUUUUGGGGAAUUUGAGAGAAGAAUAUAUAGAAAUCCAUUGUACAUUUUUUACAACUUUUCUAUAAAUCUGAAAUUAUUACAAAAUACAAAGGUUAAAAAAAUGAUGUUUCUUGGAAAUGAUAUGCUUUAUACAGAAUUUAGUCCCCUUCUGAAUCAAAUAGACAAUCAACUGUGUAAAUCAUAUAACCUCUCCAAUAAAAUUAUAUGGCCUGGUGAA